UACCUCCACGUUGAUCCAUCCUCAGUCUAACAAAGUGUAGCCAUGGAAUGCAAAGGUGUUUGCGUGCUGAUCCUUGGGUUGAUGUUGAUCAACUGCUCACUCCAGCAAAAUCCACCAAAGAAGAAGCCUGCACGAAAAGACAACAAUGCUGCCAUUGAGGAUCUACAGAAACAGAUUGAUGACAUCGUGCAGGACCUCACCCUUCUGAAAGAAGAACAAGCCUUGCAGAGAGUGUGUUUAAAGGGCACAAAGAUAAAGGGCAAGUGCGUCUUGGCCAACCCAGAGAAGAAGUCCUACCACGCAGCCAGCGAGGACUGCAAUGCCCUGGGUGGCGUUCUGGCCACCCCAAUGUCUGCCGAAGAGAACGCCAUGCUGACAGACUACCUCCGCCUCAUCGUGGGCAAAGACGAGCAGGUGUGGCUGGGCUUCAACGACAUGGUGACCGAAGACACUUGGGCCGACCAGACCGGCACCAGUAUCCAGUUCAAGAACUGGGACAGCCGCGCCCGUCAGCCAGAUGGCGGCACGUCCCAGAACUGUGCCGUGCUGUCGGGGCUCGCCAACGGGAAGUGGUUAGAUGAGAACUGCCGUGACGAGAAGGCCUCCGUGUGCCAGUUCAACAUUGUGUGAUCACGUGUAUGCCGUCAAAUUCAAAAUAGCUGCUUUUGUGUGUACUUCUGCUGCAAUGCCACUUUACCUUCUUUUUAAAAGAGGCUUUUUUAAAAAAACAAAUCUGGUUCUGCAAUUGGACUCAUUUACAAUCUGCAGUGGCUGGAAUUCUCAUUCUUUGUGCUCCAACCACAAUUUUUUUAAAAUACCACUAUCAAUACACUCUUUAGCAGCAUUAUGUAACAAAGCUGUUUUUACCGAGGUAUGCAUUCAGUGUUUAUGGUUGAACCGACUCAUCGAGAUCAUCCAAUAUAAAUUGUAUCUGACGAGACAAGCCGCAAAGUCACACCAAAAACUAUUUUAACGUGCCUGUCAAAACUACUAUGCUGCAUUUUGUAUUUCACUGACAAGUCUCACAUUGAGCCUGAAGAAUAUUCUUAUUUUUUUCCUAUUUUCCUUUUAAAUACAGAAGUUAGCCUGAUGUAAUCAGAAACCUAAAUAAAAGCUCAUUGUCUACCUA